AUUCACUACAUGGUAGAUGCACAUAGGUUGUUGCAUAUCUCUACUCUAGAGCACUUCGAUAGUCCAGUAGUUAGUUGUUACACGGUUCGACUACGAGCGAAUAUACAAGCAGCAUAUUAAGCAGGUCGAUAGUUUAUUGUUACACGACACACUUGUGAACAAUUAUUUAUGCAGUACAGCGUUCAGCCUGUUUACUACCCGUUUACUAAAUCGAUCCACCAUGCUUAGCACUGCUAGUAUAUACCUCUGUGCCGUACUGCUAGCCUUAGGGAGCUCUAAGGUUGAUGCAGGCCUAACCAGCUUACAUCAUCAACGAGUUGGUAGUAAGGUUCACCGGGCUUACACACGUGCAUUGCCUCUAAAGCAAGGGGAAGUUACAAAUAACUUCCAUACUUUGCCUCUACCAGUGGGGCCUAUUGCUGUACAUGGAUUCCGAGCGGAUGUUGUGGAAAAGAAUAGGAACGGAGAGUUUGUACCUGUGCCGAUCAGUGAUGCAUAUCUGCACCAUCACGUCGUCGGUACGAACUACCACGAAGAUGACGGAAGUACAAACUACAGCCCAAUGAAACCCAAGGAGUUACAUAGAGCUGUCGGAUUUGGCGCAGGGACCGAAUCACGCAAAACCAUGCAAGCGUUCGAGUAUCCAUACGCGUUUGUAACUGAGAAGGGAGAGAACAAGUGGGCUGCAAACGUGCACAUAAUUAAUACCAGAGGCCUGGGUGACAGGGCUCACAAGUGUCUGGAGUGUCCUUGUACGGAAGAAAACGACUUCCGCAGACCAGAGGCUGGCAAUGCGACGACGGGUCCAUUUGGAUGUAAUAAGCAGCUUUUAGCCGAGGAUAACGGCGCAUGCUUCCGGGAGGAGUACACUGGCGGCCUUCGAUGCUGUGAGAAUGGUCUCUUCUGCUUUGAGCCAGAGGAGUUGGAGCCGGAAAAGUACUCGGCAGUAUAUUAUCUUCGAUACGAAAUCCAGUACUCGGAAGUUACGGACGAGAUUAAGCCCCUGUUGUUGGCAGGCUGCUGUGAUGCAACCGGUGACCUUCAAAGUGUUGGCAAUAUCGAGUACGACAUUCAGAAGUGCAGCGCACAAGAGCAAGCCGAGGGCACGUGUGUGCACACACUCAGCACGGUUCAGUAUCUGAAUAUGAACGGAAGCUCGGUAUUUGGUGCGUUUAGAUGGCAUGAAGACGUCGAUCCUGACCAGGAAGUGGAUAUAGUAUUCAUGGUUGGUCAUCAGCACAGGGGCGGUCUUGGUAUUAGUAUGUACGACCGCGACACGGACAACAUCAUCUGCGCGUCUGUCCCUAAAUAUGGACAAAGUGAGAUAGUCGGAGAUGAGAAAGAUUAUGUGGUGGCCAUGAGCACUUGCAGCUUCGAUCCCCCGCUGCGCAGAAAAGCCAGGGAUAUGGUCAAAAUCACUGCGAUGUACGACUCGACAGUAGGACAUAGAGGGGUGAUGAGUUUGUUUUACAUUGCCAUCUCAGAAGUAUCGAGGGAUACGAACGAAGAAGAAACCGCAUAUACGACUAUUGCCAACCCUGAGCCCAAACAGAUUUCCGAUGCAAGAUAUAUAGCUGGAUGGAAUUCUUACAACUCGCACAUGCUCCACACACAUGUCGCGUAUUCCAUACCUUUCAUCUGCCUUGCCCUUGGCGGCUCUGUGGCUAUAGUUGCACUCGUUGUGGGACGAUUCAAAACGCCAGUCAUAGGCUCAGCGGCGUCCGAGUACGGACCCUUAGUACAGGACAGAAUGCACAUGACUACUGAUAUACGCAGAUAGAAUUUCCGGUAUCUCCGACGUGUCUUUGGGCCGAAUCAAUUUAGUUGGUUUGUACUGGAAUUUAUUCAGUAUAUGAAGUGUUUUGCACUUUUAAGAUGAAGCAAGCAAGCUACGGGUGUUGAAUUUGUAUAUUACUCGCUCAUCAAACUAUCAUGCUCAGAUUCAAAAGUAACCUAUCGUCAAGGGUUGCAGAUUAGACUUUGGGCCGUUCUGCUAUUUGAAUCUUGAUGGCAUCUCUGCGUCUUCAACUUUAUACAAACUUUAUACAAUAUUAUAAACAUAUAAGGUGAAAAUAAUUCACCAACUUAUAUAAAUCAAGGCGGGUAUGGCCGAUUUUCACAUGCUGAGCAAUAAACUGUGAAGCUUCC